AUGAACGUGUCGUGCGUGGAGUGCGGCCCGCCGCCGGACGCGAUCCUGCACAUCCCGCCGCCGCCGCUGCCCACGUUCCUGCAGCGCGCGCUGGCGCACGACGCAGACGCGGCCGCCGCCGCCGCCGCCGCCGCAGCCGCCGAGGGGCAGCCCGCCUGCGCGGCGCCCUGUGCCUUCACGGACACGCCCGCCGUCGAGUACGUCGAGCUGCCCCGCCAAGGCCCGGCGCUGGACGACACGUGGCUGCUGGUGCUGGUGUCCUCGUGCGCGGGCGUGCUGCUGCUCGGCGCCCUGCUCGCCUUGCUGCUCCUCAAGUGCAAACUGCCGCGCAGCGGAAAGGGCACCCUGAGCCUGGAUGGCCCGCCGCUGGACGGCAGGCUCUCCAAGGGCUGCGAGGCCGUUCUGUACCCGCACAGCGCCGACAGCCGCAUGGCGCUCUGGGCCAUGCUGACCCCGCGCGGCACGGCGCACCACCUCGCCGACGGCGGGGGCGGCGCGGGCGGCGCGGGCGGCGGGGGCGGCGGCUGUGCCCGGAGCACGCCCACCAACUUCGACAACUCGGCGUUCGUCGACUCGGAUGCGGACGGCACGUCGGCCGACGCGUUCCCGCUGGGCGAGCUGUCGGAGGGCAGCCCGCGCGUGUCGCCGCCCACGUGCAUCGAGCACCCCAACCUGCCGCCGCUCAACCUGCACCCGCACCCGCACGGCCGGCCGCGGCGCGCGCCGCUGUCCCGCCAGGGCUCCGACGCGGCGUCGCCCGCCUCGCCGAUCGUCCUCUAA